AAUAUACAUAAGAAAAAGAAAUUAAAUGGUGGCAGACAUGCCCAAGGAAUAUUGUUUAGAUUUGAUCCUUUCAUGAAACUUGUGAUGGAUGAAUGUGUGGAGGUGACGACUAAUGGGCAACAGAACAAUAUUGGAACGGUGGUAACCAUUCCAAGAAAUAUUAUCAUGUCGGAAGCCUUGGGACCAGUAUGAAGAAUGGUUGUGUUCACCAGAGAAAUCAAUUGCUUCCACAUAUCCUCUGUCCCCUCUCCACAGCACCUGUUUUUCUACAAUAUAAAAAUCAAGUC